AUGAUGAGCCAGGAGAAGUGGGUUAACCUUAGUCCGGGAGAGUUCUCUCAGCUUCAGAAAUACGCAGAAUAUUCCACAAAGAAAAUUAAGGAUGUCUUAGAAGAGUUCCAUGGCAGUGGUGUGUUAGCAAAAUACAAUCCUGAAGGGAAACAAGAUAUACUUAAUCAAACAAUUGAUUUAGAAGGGUUCAAGCUUUUCAUGAAGACUUUUCUGGAGGCAGAGUUACCUGAUGAUUUCGUUGAGCAUCUUUUUACAUCAUUUAGCAGCAAAAUCUCGCACUGCAGCCCAUUAAUAAAAAACAAACCACAGCACCUUUCUGGAGGUCUGAGACUUAACAAAGGUACUUCUACAUCCCGACCUCCUACUCCUGCCAACUUACAUUUACCAGACAUGAUCCAGCUGAAGGAUAUUGUUUGCUAUUUGUCUCUGCUGGAAAGAGGAAGACCUGAAGAUAAGCUAGAAUUUAUGUUCCGCUUGUAUGAUACAGAUGGAAAUGGAUACCUGGAUAGUUCGGAGCUGGAAAAUAUCAUUGCUCAAAUGAUGCAUGUUGCGGAAUACCUUGAAUGGGAUAUUACUGAACUGAGUCCAAUCCUUCAUGAAAUGAUGGAAGAGAUUGACUACGAUCAUGAUGGCACUGUUUCUCUAGAAGAGUGGAUCCAGGGAGGAAUGACAACUAUCCCCCUCUUGGUCCUUCUUGGGUUAGAGAAUAAUGUGAAAGACGAUGGGCAGCAUGUAUGGAGACUGAAACACUUUAACAAGCCUGCCUACUGUAAUCUUUGUUUGAACAUGCUAAUCGGAGUAGGCAAGCAAGGUCUCUGCUGUUCUUUUUGCAAGUAUACAGUCCAUGAACGCUGUGUCUCAAGAGCUCCUGCAUCUUGCAUCAAAACAUACGUGAAGUCCAAAAAGAAUACUGAUGUAAUGCACCAUUUCUGGGUAGAAGGAAAUUGCCCAACAAAAUGUGAUAAGUGCCACAAAACUAUAAAAUGCUACCAAGGCUUGACUGGACUUCACUGUGUUUGGUGUCAGAUCACGCUGCAUAACAAAUGUGCUUCACAUCUAAAACCUGAAUGUGACUGUGGACCUUUGAAGGACCAUAUUUUACCACCCACAUCCAUCUGCCCAGUAGUAUUGCAGACGCUACCCACUUCAGGAGGUUUGCUCCCUGAGGAAAGACAGGCAACAGUGAAAAAAGAAAAGAGUUGCCCCCAGCAAAUGAACAAACUGGGAGAACGGAAUAAAAUGCAAAGAGCAAAUUCUGUCACCGUAGAUGGACAAGGCCUUCAGAUUACUCCAGUUCCAGGCACUCAUCCACUUUUAGUUUUUGUCAAUCCUAAAAGUGGUGGGAAACAAGGAGAAAGAAUCUAUAGAAAAUUUCAGUACCUUUUAAAUCCUCGUCAAGUUUAUAGUCUUUCUGGAAAUGGACCAAUGCCAGGGUUAAAUUUUUUCCGAGAUGUUCCUGAGUUCCGAGUACUAGCAUGUGGUGGAGAUGGAACAGUAGGCUGGAUUUUGGAUUGUAUAGAGAAAGCGAACUUGAUUAAGCAUCCUCCAGUUGCUAUCCUGCCUCUUGGGACUGGCAAUGAUUUAGCAAGGUGUCUGAGAUGGGGAGGAGGUUAUGAAGGUGAGAAUUUGAUUAAGAUCUUAAAAGACAUUGAGAACAGCUCAGAGAUUUUGCUGGACAGGUGGAAAUUUGAAGUAAUACCCAAUGAUAAAGAUGAGAAAGGAGACCCAGUGCCUUACAACAUCAUUAAUAACUACUUUUCUAUUGGCGUGGAUGCUUCAAUUGCCCACAGAUUCCAUAUCAUGAGGGAAAAACAUCCAGAGAAGUUCAACAGUAGAAUGAAGAACAAAUUUUGGUAUUUUGAAUUUGGCACUUCGGAAACUUUCUCAGCCACCUGUAAGAAGCUGCAUGAAUCUGUAGAAAUAGAAUGUGAUGGAAUUCAGCUAGACUUAACCAAUAUUUCUCUGGAAGGAAUUGCCAUUCUGAACAUCCCAAGCAUGCAUGGUGGAUCAAAUCUUUGGGGAGAGACGAAGAAAAGACGAACCCACCGUCGAACAGAAAAGAAGAGGUCAGAUAAAAGAACCACUGUCACAGAUACGAAGGAAUUGAAGUUUGUGUGCCAAGAUCUGAGUGACCAGCUUAUGGAAGUGGUUGGUCUGGAAGGAGCCAUGGAGAUGGGACAGAUAUACACAGGUCUGAAAAGUGCUGGAAGACGGCUUGCUCAGUGCUCAUCUGUUGUCAUCAGGACCAGCAAGUCUCUGCCUAUGCAGAUAGAUGGGGAGCCUUGGAUGCAAACCCCUUGCACGAUAAAAAUUACUCACAAGAACCAAGCCCCCAUGUUGAUGGGACCUCCUCCAAAAACUGGUCUUUUUUCUUCUAUCAUCAAAAGAACAAGAAACCACAGCAAGGAAUAAGCCUGUGUAGUUUAGUUUUUAGAAAACCAAUUAGCUUUGUUGGGCUUUGGAAUAUUUAUGCUGGAAAUCUUUCAAAAAUUUUAGAAUAUCUUCUACUUGCAAAAUUAUGGAUUUUGGUUUAACAGUUUCCGUAGCCAGGCUAAUGUAAACUAUGCUACUAGAAAAAAAUAUUCCACAGUUUUGUAGGCAUUUUGCAUGACAAAAGCAGAUGUUUACAUAAAGUGAUACAGCAUAUUUUUUUGUUGCAUGUGUUACCAUUUAUGAUCCAUGGGCUAAUUCUGCCAUGGAGUAUGGGAAGAGAAUGCCAUGAGUAAUUUGCUUUUCUCUCUUUUCCAUUUCACUUUUUUCUACUAUAAUGACAAUAUGCCAUAGGUUCAAUACUAUCUUUUGAAUCAAACAUUGUCAUAUCAAUAGCCAAUUCAACUUCUUUCCAAGUGAAGUUUAUUACAGGUCUCAUUAAC